AUGUUAUUUUUCGUUAUUUUCGCCGCUGCCUUAGUGGCCAUGUGCAAAGGAGAGGGAGUAGACUCAACUCCGGUCUGUCCACGUCGGAACGCAUACUUGGCAAUAGACGGGAACUGCGAUUCUUACAUUCAGUGCAGAGAAAAUGAACCAUCUAACAUGAUCUGUCCUGAUGGUCUCAAUUUCAACCCUGCUGCUGUAUUCCCCGAGUAUCCCUGCAGCUACCCAAUGGACGUACCAUGCAAUGGAAGAACCCGCGCACAGCCACCACAGCCAACUGCCAAUUGUCCACAUCAGUACGGAUACUUCCCAUCUCCAGUGAAGUCAGAAGAUUGUAGCCAAUAUAUAAUGUGCAUCGAUGGAAUCGCUGUUAACAUGAACUGCCCUACUGGACUUGCCUUCAACCCUGAUGUUGCUCAGUGCGACUGGCCCGAACACAUCCCAGGCUGUAACGCUAACGCAUACCUCGGCUUUACCUGCCCUCCACCUUCUAAGGACGAAAGCGGCAACUCAAUUGUGACUAACCACAGAUACGAGGGCGACUGCUACGCUUUCUUCUCUUGUACGGACGGUAAAGCGCACCUUUUGUCCUGUGACAUGGGACUCGCCUUCGAUGCUGUAUCCGGUCAUUGCGUGGACGCUGAUCUCGUUGCGUGUCCUGUCAACGAUGUUCCUGUAGAGAUU